AUGAAUCCAUUUGUGCGACCCGUCAUCGCAGGCGCGCCGUCUGUGGUCAUUGAGAUCAGUUUGAAAAGCGGUAGUUUUAUUUUUGUGACCAAUUCCAUGAACGCGUUAAAAAUUUACGCCAAAGGGACGGAUCCUGACAACUGGCUAAACAUAAACGAGGACACAGCGGAAAUCCGACUAAACAAGAUUCCAGACAGAGAGUCACCUUUUUUGAUAAACGGCACCUACUUUGCAGAGAUCCUGGCCAUCUCAAAAGACAUGCCUGCAAGAACUGCCACAGGAACCAUAGCCAUCAAAGUCAUUGAUUCCAAUGAUCACUGUCCGGCGCUCACCUCAACGAAAAUGCUCCUAUGUGAGGACCAAAGAAGCAUCCUGGUUACUGCACACGACGAAGAUAUGGACCCUAACGGACCACCUUUCACCUUUAAGAUCCUUCCAGAAAACACACGUGGUGUGUGGGAAGUGGAAUCCGUCUCUGGGACUGAAGCAGAGUUCCGCACUGAGGAAAAGCUGUGGCCUGGUACUUACUCGAUUGAGAUGGAAGUAUCUGAUGCCCAAAGUUUGAGUUGCCCUACCCCACAGACGUUCGAUGUGAAUGUGUGUGAGUGUGUGGGCCCAGAUGCUUCGCCGUGCAUGGCUAAACAAGCCUCAUCUGAAGAGAAGACACACAUUGACUUCUCUGGUCCUGCAGUUUCCCUCAUGAUCGUUGCCGCUUGUUUGCUGCUCUUUAUCCCAUUUCUGAUGGUCGUCUGCCAGUGUGGAGGGACGAACGCUAUAUUUGCAGACAAAUUCCGUGAACUGCCAUUUGAGGCCAAAGAGCACCUGAUUGCCUAUCACACCGAAGGCAGAGGGGAGGAUAAGGAAGUGCCACUUUACAGCGCUCCUUUAAAAUUAGGAACCCAAAGGCAAGUGGAGGGAGCAACCACUCUGCUGGGUGGUAUGACCAAAGAAACCAGAGAGAUUAUAACAACAACAAACACUAGUGACGCCUUCAUGGUAAAUGGUGGCAGCAGCCGUGUCAUGGGGCAGGGAGAGGGCAGCUACAGUAUCUACAGAGACAGAUACCUUCAAGAUCAAGGCUUCUCUACCUACAAUGGAAGGACCGUGUACGACAAACAAGCCACAAUGUUUGAGGACAUCGCCCUCCCUGACGCAUUCCUGGAACAGUACUACUCCCAGAAAUCUGCUGUGACAGUCACGGGAAAGGAUGCCCUGUUGGUGUAUGAUGAUGAGGGUUUCGAAGCUCAAAAAAACUUCCACAUUGUAGAGAUGGGAUGA